CGGGCGCGGGGCGGGACGUGCGGAGAAGCACGGCUCGGCCUCGGUCGCCGCCGGCGAGGUGCAGGUGCUUCUCGAUGUGUCUCUUCCAAUUUACCGCCAGAAGGCUGGUUUCCCAGGCGCACUGUGGGCUUAAGGCUUCGUCGGCAAAGGGACAGAAGUUUCGCUUGGAAAUGGCUCGUCCUAGUUCAAAUAUGGCUGAUUUUCGAGAGGUGUUUGCCAAGGCGAAGCACAUUGCCAUUAUCACAGGAGCUGGGGUCAGUGCGGAGAGUGGCGUUCCUACCUUCAGGGGGGCUGGAGGUUUCUGGAGAAAGUGGCAAGCCCAGGAGCUGGCCACUCCCGGGGCUUUUGCGCGAAACCCUUCCCGUGUGUGGGAAUUUUACCACUACCGACGGGAAGUGAUGUUGAGUAAACAUCCAAAUGCAGCACAUAUUGCCAUUGCAGAGUGUGAAAAGCGUCUGAGCAAGCAAGGAAGGAGCGUUGUGGUCAUUACUCAGAAUAUUGAUGAGCUGCACAGGAAGGCAGGCACAAAGCACCUCUUAGAAAUUCACGGUAGUUUAUUUAAAACUCGGUGCACCAGCUGUGGAAACGUAGCUGCGAAUUACAAGAGCCCCAUAUGCCCUGCGUUGGCCGGGAAAGGGGCUCCAGAUCCUGAAACAGCAGAUGCUGCGAUUCCAGUUGAAGACCUUCCUCAGUGUGAGGAAGAUGGCUGCAAUGGGCUCCUGCGUCCCCACGUCGUGUGGUUUGGUGAAGCCCUGGAUCCUGAUGUUCUCACAGCAGUCGAGAAGGAGCUUGAUAUUUGUGACCUCUGCUUGGUAGUCGGGACCUCCUCCGUGGUUUAUCCUGCAGCCAUGUUUGCCCCUCAGGUCUCCGCCAGAGGAGUGCCAGUCGCAGAAUUUAACAUGGAAGCUACUCCUGCCACAAACAGAUUCAGGUUUCACUUCCCGGGCCUCCUGCGGGACUACGCUGCCGCCGGCGCUGCACGACACGAGACGAGAUCAUCUCCUGAGCUCAGGAGCGCCCGACGGACCAAGCGCGGAGGCACGGCCGGGCGGGAGGAGCGGCGGCGAGAGGAGGCGCGGUCUCGCCGGACGCGUCCUCACGGCAAUAAAGGGGGUCGGGACGCCGCCAGCCGCCACUUCCCGGUGUCCUGUGUCUGUCGGCCCGCGCCCGGGGGCGGGGCACGGGCACGCAGCGGGUUCCCUGCGCGCACGGCAUUCCCCGGCGGAAGGCGGGAGCGGUUCCGUGGGCGGCGGCGCAGGACGUGGGAUGGUGCGGCGAGGAAGCGGCCGCCUGCGGGCAGGCGCAGGGCCUCCCGCCGCUCUGCCCACCCGGCCUCCUCCUCGGAGGACGAGGCGGACGAGGCCCCGGAGCAGGUGUCCUUCGGCGUGGCGAGGGAGGGCGAGGCUGAGAGGAAGCUCGUGGGGGAGGCGGCCCGGAGGCACCGGGAGCUGCUGAAGGAGAAGCGGCGGCGGCACCAGGAGCUGUUCGCGGAGCAGAAGAAGCGGAGGCUGCUGCCCGAGGCCGUGCUGCAGGAGCUGCAGGAACUGCAGGAUGUGGCCGCCACCCCUGCGCCGCCCGAAGGACCUGCUGAGCAGGCUCCGGCAGAUGACCAAGUUACUUCAGGUGAAGAACUUGAAGAUGAGGGUGAGAAAGAGAAACAAGUCCAGGCCCAAGGGCAAGGCCAAGCCAAAAUGCAGGUGAAGAAAGGCAAGGCACGCAAGGGUGCCAGGUCAAAAGGAAACUACGCAGCUGUGUGCUUAAAAGAUCAGAGUUUAACAGGCCUCCACCAACAGCUCGCCAAAGACUUUCUAAAUGCUCAGCUCUAUGGGCCACACACCAACCGGGUACAGGCAAAUGAAUUUUUUUCGCUUGCAAACAAGAAAGACCCAGUUAAAAAAGCUGCAGUUCAGUUUGUGGACAAAUCUUGGGGGCAAGAAAAAAAGGAAAAAGCAGCAAGGUUUAAGAAACGUUGGAUCGCAACGCAGACUAAAAAUUGAGUCUGAAGACAGCUUUUUCAGAAGAUGAUAUUAAGGACUUUUACUGAAGGUUAAUCUCUCAAAACAACACUUUUUUUUUUUCCCCAUUUCAUCAUCACUUUGCUUUCAGCUCCACCUACCAGAAGGCACUGACCUUCACCAAGCUGUGCCUGAUCAGACUUUCCUGUUCUCUCCCCCUUUCAGAAGUUCUUGGGGAAGCUACAAAUCGACAUGAGCAGGGCAGUGUUGUAGAACAGCUGGUGUUAGGACCAGGCUUGUUGAGCUGCCUCUGUGAGGCAAUGCCUUUGCAGAGAAUAAAGAUGAGCCAUGUUGUACUUAC